CAGGGGGUUGGACUACAACACCUCCAAGGUCCCUCCCAAAUCUUCUUAUUCUGAUAAAUCAUAGCUUCGUUGUUUUUUUUCCAUGCAAAAAGGUUAUAAUGCUUUCAAGUCAGCCAUAAAUGUAGCUGCUGUCUUUUCUCUAACCAAGGAAGCCAAUUUAGCUAUCUCUGAAAGUCCCAACAUCUUCACCAACCAUUCCUCCAUUAUGGAUGGUGCAGAAUCUUUCCAUCUUUUUCCUUUCCAUCUUCUGCAUGACUUGUGCAACGUUGCAUUUCCAUAAGUGAGAUUUUCAUACAUGUUACUGGCCAAGAGAUCUGUUGACUUUAGAUGCCGUCACUCUGGGGGGCUGAGGCCAGAUUUUACUUUCUUUUAUGAAUAAAAUAACAACUGUUCCCCACCUGCCUGCUUUAUUCCUGUAGAAUAUCCCCCAGCUGGUGCGAAAAAUGACUCAAGUCAUGACAAAUAACCACAGACAUUCAUAACUGCCGCAGCAGAGAGAGCUACAUUUUGAGGGGGUUGUGUGAUGUUUCACAUAGUUGGAGAAGCACUUUCUGAAGACAGGCAGACUUGAGUGAAGAUGGACUGUAUUUGCUAGGUUGACAAGCCUGUUUGGACUUGAUGUGCUGCAUCCCCCCCUCCCAGUGGAAAAGAACAGAAGACAAAAGCAGAGGUGUUGGGAUGAACAACUCCACCAUUGUGGGGCUGGCAGAUGUCCAGUGUCAGCUCAACGAUCCUCUGCAGUUUGUCGUAGUGCCAGCCACAUAUUGCCUGGUGUUAUGUGUGGGAUUGCCUGGCAACGUGGCAGCCUUACUCGUUUUCCUUCAGAAUGGACGAGUCAGGAAAGCCAUCCGCAUCUACCUCCUCAACCUCACCUUGGCCGAUAUCUUCUUCAACCUCACCCUGCCCUUCUGGAUCACCUACUACCUAGCUAAAGGACACUGGAGUCUGCCAGAAGUCUUCUGCCGCUUGGCUGGAGCCAUCUAUUAUCUGUCCACCUACAGUGCCAUGGCCUUCAUGACCUUGAUCAGCCUGAACCGAUACUGUACGGUGGCAAAGGUAGAACUGGUUCUGAACCGCCCCCAGGGGGCGCUGAUCAGCUGUGUGAUGGCCUGGAUUUUGUGCCUACUUUGUGCCGUUCCUUCACUGACUAAGCAACAAACCCACCAGGGAGAGUCCACCAGCUUGAAAUGCUUUGAACAGCAUUCAGGCCAGAUGACCUACGCCUAUGCUAUGGUGGUCAUCUUCACUCUGUCUUUCUUAGUUGUGCUGGGGACCUACUUGUCUAUCAUGAGGACAUUGUCCACUGCAGCUGGUACAUGUCAAGGUGGCCACCGGCGCAGAGCACGUGCCAUGGUGCUGGGCAUGCUCUUAGUGUUUGUGGUCUGUGUGGCACCUUAUCACCUCUCCUUGGUUCCUUGGGUCACUGACCAAAUGUCUGGUUUAGCCUGUAGUCCUCCCUCAUUCCUGGAUAACCUUCACAUGUUGAGUGUGGCUCUUCUGAGCCUGAACAGUUGCAUUGACCCUCUGAUCUAUUGCUUCUCCAUCAAGCGCUUCAGGACUGAUUUAUGGACAAUGGUGCGAAAGACCGCCAGCUGCCGUCCUGUCUCUUCUUCUGUGCCCUCUCCACGUCUGCCAGCACCAUCAGAAAAUCGAGUUCCACCCAACCUCAAGUCUUCUUCCUUAACCUCUUUAUAAUUGGGAGCAGGCCACAUCCAUCCAAUCAGAUGAAAUUACCUCAAGGUUUAUUUUGCACCUUCUGGACUUAGGGCUUUUAAUUGCCAGAUGCCUACCAACAGAAAGAUCUCUUGAUAGGCUUCUACUUUAACGCACCAAGUUUUCUUGGCAAUCUUUUUGGGACCAGCUUGCCAGUAACUUCUUCCUAUAGCUGAAGAGUGACUAGCCCAAAGUCAUCCAUCUGCCGUCUCUGCCUAAGGCAAGAUUAGUACUCACUGUCUCCCCCUCAAUUAACCAUUAGACCAAAUUGGCUUUCGGGUCAAUCUCAUUCUCUGGUUCAAACCAAGAGAACAUUUCAGAAAGAUAAUAAAAAGCAGAGCCCAGGGAUUUGUGAGACUUGUGGAUGCAAACCCUGAAGACAUAUAUCAUUUGGACAAAGCGUUUAAGAGUGAAAAAGUUACACAUUUGGGAUGAGAAAUGUUCCCUCUGGAUAUUGAUGGGAAGUGUUGCCAGUGCUGAGAACAAGUUAACAAAGAAGGUUAUCUGUAAGUAGAAUUUAUGGAUCUGCAGUGAAAAAGGCAAAGGAGUCCUUGCAGAUUUUACUCUGCUAAUUGUUGCAGAUAAUAAGGGGUGGUGCUCAUCUCCAUUUUAAGGCCAUUUAGUCAGCCCUGUCCAAAGACAUUUCUGCGGUCAUGUGGUCAGCAUGAUGUCACAGAAUGCUGUUACCUUCUCACCGAAGUGGUACCUAUUUAUCUACUUGCAUUAAGCAUGCUUUUGAACUGCUAGGUUGGCAGGAGCUAGGGUGAGGACAGGUGCGCUCACCCCAUCAUGUAGCGCUCGGGUCUCAAACCUGGGCUGCCAGUUUUCCAGCUGACAAGCCCAGCAUCUUCACUGCUGAGCCUCUGUGCCACCCCAAGUGGAUCUGCGGUGAAAAGCAAGAAAUAUUUUCCUAGGUACACAGCUCAGUUGGUUACGAUUGCAUUCCAUUUGAACGAACAAUGGAAGGUAAAAUAAUGGGGUUUUUUUUUCUGUUAAAUUAUGAGCUGCCCAUAGUCUUUGUUGAGAUGGGUGGCUAUAAACAAACAAACAAACAAACAAAUAAAUAAUUCUCCACCCCUUACAAAUAGAACAGAAAUGGGCAGGAGGUAGACCACUGGUAGCAUUUUGUAAGCUCUGUAGCUGAUCAGCCAGCUUCUUUGUUGUAGAAUGGAAAUUAUUGGAAAAGGUGUUUUGCUCUCUUUUAAAAUCUAAGCAGAUGGUAACUCCCUUAAGCUGUUACAGAGGGAGAUUCUUAGAUGUUAUAUUAUGUCGUUCCCCCAUGGACAAAGCUUUGUGUAACAUCUGCCUCCCCGAUUUGGAGUUGGGAACUGCUCUAUUUUCACACAAUGUAUGGGUUUUUUCCCCCCAUUACUCUGAGCACUAGGAGGCAGUAUGAUCUGGUUUUGUUUCUUUAAAUCCAUGUUUCCAGUUCCUGGCCCAAGGUUUGAGGCUAUCGAAUAACUUCUGGCUACCUUUGUCUAAAUAGUCA